GGAGGAUUUAAAGAAACUGUUUGGGGUGUUGGCACAAAGAUAAUUGGUACAGUUAUUUACUCACAUAGUCCAAGCCAAUUCUGGUGCCAAGAUACAGCUUAUGUUAAUAACAUCUUUAUCCUGUCAGAAACACUCUCAAGACUGCACAUGACACAAGACAUCAAGCCCUUGACAAAAGUUUCCCCUGGAACUGUUUGUGCAGCCAAAUUCAGCGAGGAUGAGGCUUGGUACAGAGGAAUAGUCCAGAGUGUGUCUGCAAAUAGUGCACAAAUAUUCUUUGUGGAUUAUGGCAACUCAGAAUCUGUCAGUUUAGAGUUUGUGUGUAAUUUGAAACCAGAAAUGAUGGAGCUUCCUGCCUUAGCCGUCAAGUGCUGCUUGUCCAAUGCGUCAUUAAAAUCAACAGAUAACAACCCUGAUGUUCAGGGCUUGUUUGAUAAUUUGGUGGGUGACAAGGAGCUGGAGGUUAAGGUUGUUAGUAAGCAAGGCGACACCUACCAUGUAACAUUGUUUGAUAUAGUGGAGAACAAGGACAUUGGGAGUCAGCUGCAGCCUUUAUUAGGUAAAAAGGUAGAUCCACCAAAAAAGGAAGCUGCUCUUAAUGUAAGUUCUGAUGAUGAUUCUGCUGCUGCACCGAUAAUGCCAGUUGGUAGUAAAGUCAAUGUUUUUUUAUCAUGGGUUGAAAAUCCUGGCAACUUUUGGGUUCAGCAACAAGAUGCAAAAGACCAACUUGACAUUAUGACAGAGCAAAUUCAGGAGUUUUAUUCUCGCCCACAGCCAAUUGCUCCUUCAAGUCCUGGAGGUUUUAUUGUGGUCAGAUGUCCGGAUGAUCAAAUGUGGUAUAGAGGACUUGUCCUCAAAGAGCUGGAAGAUGAUCUUGUCGCAGUAUUGUAUCUUGACUAUGGCAAUUCGGACAUACUCCCUAAAUCUGAACUCAGACAUGUCAAACCUGAAUUUGGGAAAAUUAUCCCCCUUGCAACACGUUGUGCCCUGUCUGGUGUCAGACCACUUCGAAAGGGUGACUUAUCAUGGACAAAUGAUGCCAGGGAUUUUUUGGAGAAAAUGACUGAAAAGGGCUGCAGCUGUGAGGUUGUGGGACAGACUGAUUCUCAUAGGUUGGUUAAACUCACUGUGGGAAGCAAAGAUGUAUCCAAAGAAUUGAUAGCCCUAAGGGUUGUCAGUGAUGCUUCCACUUCAGUUAAGGGUUCUCAUGGAUCAUUUUACACAAAUAAAAUUCAUCUUGAGAAAUCUCAAAAAGAGAUGGUGACAGUGAGCCAUGUUGAUUCACCAAAAAGUUUUUGGUGCCUGUUGAAUAAAUUUUCUGGUGCCCUUAAUGAUCUGAUGGACAAGCUCAGCAUGCACUAUUCAGAUGAAGGUGGUACACCCCUCAGAGAACCAGCUGUAGGACAGGCCUGCAUAGUUCAGUCCAAAGAAGAUAGUGCCUGGUACAGGGCUGCUGUAGUUAAAACACUAGCCACAGGUUAUGAAGUUCACUUGGUGGACUACGGCUCCAAUGAAGUUCUUCAGUGUAACGUGUGUCAGCCAGAGCCUAGAUUUUUGGAUCUACCUAUGCAAGCCAUCCACUGCAGCCUGUCUCUAGGUGCAGAUACUGAUAACAUUGAUGUCUUUUUUGAUCUUGUGCUUGAAAAGGACCUUGAAUUGGAAGUGAUUGAUUUUUCAAAUGAUGUAGUCAUCGUUGAACUGUAUGACAGCAAAAAAAAAAUAUCUCAAAUGUUGAAGGCUGCAUCAAGUACUCAAGAGCAGAACAGAAAGCAAACUUCUGUCAUGCAGAAUUUGGUCUUAGCUCCUGCCAAAACUCCAGCUCUUAACUACCCAAUCAAAGUUUUUAUAUCAUGGGUGGUAUCACCUAGCAAGUUUUUUCUUCAAGAGAAUGGUAUUGAUGAAGCAUUGGAAUCAUUGAUGGACAGAAUAGCAAAGAAGUAUGAUAAUAGCAGUAAGGUUGCACCACUAAGCAACCCUCAAGUCGGGCAUCCCUGUGUUGCGCUAUAUUCUGAAGAUAGUCUCUGGUACAGAGGGCUAAUUACAUCUGUCAGUGUUAAUCAGUGCAAAGUUUUGUUUGUGGAUUAUGGUAAUGAAGAAACAAUCGGAGUAGAAAAUGUAAGAACAAUGUUACCAGAAAUUGCCAGUGUUCCUAUAAUGGCCAUUCAGUGCUCUUUAAGUGGCACUGAGGAAACCACUUGGUCAACUUCAGCCAUUGAAUUCUUUGAAGCUCUUGUCAUGGAUCAAGAGAUGGAAUGUGUUUUUGUUACACCCACUGUGGUCAAGUUGAAAAAUUCUGGACAAGACAUUGUGUCACAGUUAGUCACAGCAGGCUUCUGCAAAUCAAGCACAGUGGAAAUGUCUGCCACACAAAGGAAACCCACGAAUGAGGCCAGUCCAUGGGUAAGUCCUAUAAAACAGGAUGGUGGCUCUGGUAGAUUUGGCGGACAGGAUGGUAAGGGCAAACGUUUCAACAAUAUUUCUAAAGGAGAAUCUGACAAUUAUGACGAAGGUCAUGGAGAAAAGAGCAGAGAGUUUGGUAGCAGAGGUUUUUCAGGUGCACCAAGGGAAGAUUCUCUUUGCAUAUCUGAAAGUAGAGGUAUUGGAAGAUUUGGUGGUCAGCAUGAGGAUAAAAGAAAUGUUAGUGGUAACCGAAAUGAGAGAGACAUAGCUUUUGGGGGACGUGAAAAAACCUCAGGUCUUAGACAUGGUAAUGAUGACUUUGGAAGCAGUGGUCGACAAGAAAUAAAACCAAGUUCAGAUUCAGCAUCCAGUUCCAGUGGACCUAGGGAGGAACUCACUUACCCUGAUCCACCUGCAGAGCCUGAAAAAGCUCUUUUGACUCACAUGGAUGAUGAUGGAACUUUUUACAUUCAAUUACUUUCAAUGGAGAAGGAUAUUCUGUUUCUAUCCAAGCGGAUGGCAGGCAGCUACAAAAAUGGUGGUGGCCCACGACUAAAAGAGACUCCAGUGAAGGGUUCUGUGUGUUGUGCCAAGUUCCCACUCGAUGGUGGCAUGUACCGGUGCGUGGUUGAAGAUGUGCAGGGUGGCAAUGUUGUACUGAGAUAUGUAGACUAUGGUAAUGUAACUGAAAGCUCAGCUCGUGAUUUGAAAAUGCUAUUUGCUGACCUUUUGCAACUCCCAGUUCUGGCUUUCCCAUGUAAACUAAGAGGUCUCAACUGGUCAGUCCAACAAGCAGAAAAAUUUGCCAAAGCAACAUUAGAGAAAAAGCUCAUGGUAAACUUCAUAACAAACACAACACGACCAUAUGAGGUUGAUGUCGAAACUCCAGAAGGAGAUUUGCUUGGCAUCUUAACAGGAAAGAUAGAACCCCCAGUAAGCAUAAUUUCACCCAAAGCAUCAAGUGCUAUCAGAGAGGCUACAUCCCCCAAAAAAGGUGGAUUUGGAGAGAAAAAAACAAGUGUGAAAUCUCCAGGUCAUGGUGGGUUUGGAAUCAGUCCAUCUGUUAAACCUUCUAGUACACAAUCACCAGCUUUUGAGAAAAGUACACCGUCAGUGCCCAAGCAAGAAUUCCUUCCUCAAACACCACCAGUAGGUGAAAAUCAGGCAUACAUCACACACCUUGAUCAAGAUGGUUACUUUUAUUUGCAGCUGGAGAAAGAUACAGCAUUACUGGAGAGUUUUAGUGGAGUCAUGGAUGCAAAUUCAAACUUGAAGCAUCCAAACAUCAGUGUGGGGGCAGCAUGUGCUGCUGUAUUUUCAGAAGAUUCUGCAUGGUACCGUGCAAUCAUAUGUGCUGUUGCAGAUGCCACUAUUCAAGUGAAGUUUGUAGACUAUGGGAACGGUGAUUCUGUUAGUCCAUCACUCAUUGCACCACUCUCAAGUCAGCUUCUUGCCAGCGCUCCUUUAGCUUAUCAAUGUCAAUUUCUAGGUAUGGGACCUCUAUCCAUUGAGGCUAGUGCUAAAUUGUCUGAGAGCUACAUGGAACAUCCUUUAACUGUUUUUUUCACUGGAACAUCAGCUCCAUAUGAUGUCAAGAUUACAACUAGUGAUGGUCAAGAUCUGCAAGAAAUCCUUUGCCCAUCCAACAGCUACCGACCUAAACCAGUCCCUAAGGAGGUGAUUCCUACAGCUGUCUGUCACAUUGAGGACAAUGGUCACUUCUAUCUUCAGCUUUACAAAGACUACAAAGAUAUUGCUGAACUGCAGACCUGUCUGUCUGCUUUUUACAACACAGAGCCUGUAAAAUCUGUAGAGAAACCUGAAACUGGAUUACCAUGUGCUGUGAAAGAUUCUGAUGGUGUCUGGCUUAGAAGCCAAAUUCUUCAGAUUAGUGACACAUUGGCAACAAUUCGCCAUGUAGAUACUGGAAAGUCCACCUCUGUGGAGUUAAGUUCACUUCUAGCUCUUGAAUUCCAAUUUUUGAAACAGCCACCAUUUGCUUUGGAAUGUUGUCUGAAUGAUGUAGCCGACCGUUGGAACGAGAGCCUGAGAGCCAAGUUUACAGACAUGACUCAGGGCAAAGUUCUCAAUGCUACAUUUCAUACAACAACACCGCCUUUGAGGGUUUCUCUGACCAGAAGUAUUGAGCUUGACUUGCUCGAUCUUGCUGCACCUAUUUCAGACAUCCCUGUGAAAACUGCACCUGUUCCAGACAGCCCUGGGAAAACUGCACCUGUUCCAGACAGCCCUGGGAAAACUGCACCUGUUCCAGACAGCCCUGUGAAAACUGCACCUUUUCCAGACAGCCCAGUGAAAACUGCACCUAUUUCGGGCAGCCCUGAUAAAACAUCACUUAUUCCAGACAGUCCUGUCGAAACUGAACUUAUUUCAGACUGCUCUUUGAAAACUGCAAUUUCAGACAGCCCUGUCAAUAUUACACUUAUUUCGGACAACCUUGUCGAAACUGCACCUAUUUCAGACAGCCCUGUCAAAACUGCACUUAUUCGAGAGAGCCCUGCCACUAGUACAUCUGAAAUGAAUGUAUCCAAGCUUUUGACUAGCAACUCAGGAGCAGGUAAAAAAAUAAAAUCGAUGCAUAUUCUUUUUUAUUUUUAACAAAUAUUUAACACUAAUUUUCCAUUUCUAAAAAAAAAAAAUGUGUACAUAUUGUAAACAUUUAAGUAACUUAACUGAUUCAAAACAUUAAUUAACAUAUAUAUGAAAUUUCAGAUGGUGACAAGAUCGAAGUCUAUAUUCCUCAUGUUGAGGCAGAUGGAACAUUUUAUAUCCAGCUUGUAGCUAUGGAAGAUUCUCUAAAUGAACUUGCUGACAAGCUUGAAGGGAUGGAAGUCACCACUUUGAGUCAAGUUACUAUUGGAGACACAGUUUGUGCUAAGUUUACAGAGGAUAAUGUCUGGUAUAGAGCCACUGUGGAAUCCUGUGAUCCAGAUAAUCAGUACACAGUAAGAUUUGUUGACUUUGGGAACACAGAUGUAGUGAGUGCUGACCGUUUGGCUGCCCUGUCCUCAGAUUUGUCAACAUCAUUAAUACCACCUUUCACCACUAGAUGUCAGCAAACUAACAUACCACUCUCAGUUGUAGUUUCUGCAACUGAAAAGAUAAAGGAACUUGUCAACAAUGAAGUUGUCAGUGUGAAAUAUGUCACAAAAGUUUCAGAUGUUCAAGAAGUUGAUGUGAUCAUUGGAGGGAAAUCAAUAGUUGAGUUACUGGACUUAAAUGUUGCAGGUGAAUUUCUCUUUAUGCUUUUUUCUUAUCCAUUUCCCCAUUACAGUGAUAUGUAAUGUAUACCUUAGACCAGUGGUUCUCAACCUUUCUAAUGCCGCGACCCUUUAAUAAAGAUCCUCAUUUUGUGGUGACCCCAAACAAAAAAAUUAUUUUCGUUGAUACUUUAUAUUUGUAGAGUAUAUGUGUUUUCAGAUGGUCUUAGGCGACCCCUGGGAAAGGGUUGUGCGACCUCUAAAGGGGUCACGACCCACAGGUUGAGAACCGCUGCCUUAGACCUUACUACUAUUAACAGUUAUGUUAACCUAUUGUGAUCACUAGAAAUGAUAAUGAAAAAGCACAUAGUUGCAAGGAAUAUAAAUAGUUAAUUUUAUAUCUAUGAAUAUUUUGUAUACAUUUUGAAAUCGUAAACUAUUUCAAUUUUAAAGGAACAUUGAUCAGGUAAAAUAGUAUUUAUUUUUUUGAAUGGGACUUUGAGCUGGUUUUGGCACAAAUUUAUUAAUUUGUUAAUUUGUGCCAACCAGUACCAUAUGCUGUUUUUUUAUAUAUAUAUAUUCUUUCCUUAUUGUAUUAUAAUUUAUGUAAGUGUAGAACUGCAAAUGUAACACUUUUAAAAAUAAUAUGCAAUUAUUGUAUACAGCUCAUUAGCAACAGCUAAUAAAUUUUAACAAGCAGAGUAGAUAAACUUUUCUUAAAUCUAUUAUCUACCUAAUAAAAAAAAAACACCUUUUCUUUUGAUUGUAUGUAAAGAUUAUAUUCAGGAAAAGCAAUGAAAUCAAGAUAUUUUAAAUAUAAAUUUCAUAUCAUAUGUGCAGAAACUCAAUCUGAAGUUAACCAUGAGCAGUCUGAUGUCACCGAGUCCCAACUAAAGAAUAUAAACACAAACAACAGUGCGGAUCCUGAUGGCAUCACAAGUCAGACCAGCUCACUGCUCUCGAACAUCUCUGCUGGCCAGCGGGUUACGGUGACUGUUAUCUGUGCGGUUAGUCCUGAUGAGUUUUACCUCCACCUUGACAAGGACAAGUCUUGCCUGGACACAUUGAUGAAUGAGAUGUAUGACUAUUUCAGUGACAUGCCUGAAGAACAGGGACUGGUAAAGAAUCUCUCCGUAGGGGAAAUGUGUGCUGCAUUGUAUGAAGAUGAAUCAUGGUACAGGGUCAGGAUACUGGAGAAUUUGAAUGGAACAUAUCAAGUGAGUUUUAAAAAAAAUAUUAAGCUGAUUAUUUUUUAAGCAUGUCCAGCAAUGCUACAAGGUAACUUUCCACAGGAAUACAUUUUUAAAUCAACUUAAAGCAAACAAAUACUAUAGUCUUCAUUGUUAUAGUUUUUGUUGAAAACAUUUUUUAUCCAUUUUAUAUUUAACUUACAAAAGAGCUUUAAAGUAAAAUGUUUAAAUUAUAUCUAUAUCAAUAUAAAAACAUAAGAAUAGAAUAUGGGGGAGACAUCUAAUUGAAUAAGGAAAUAAAUAAUGCGGUGGUAUGUGAAAACUUGAAAAAAAAAAAAGAAACUACAAAACAUUUUGGCUAAAAUCCCUCUGCAGUAAUUAGUGUUUCAAAUAAGUUAAAGUAAAAAUGAACACAAAAAAAAAAAAAUUUUUAUGGGGGAGACAUCUAAUUGAAUAAGGAAAUAAAUAAAGCGGUGGUAUGUGAAAACUUGAAAAAAAAAAAAGAAACUACAAAACAUUUUGGCUAAAAUCCCUCUGCAGUAAUUAGUGUUUCAAAUAAGUUAAAGUAAAAAUGAACACAAAAAAAAAAAAAAUUUGGACUAGAUGAGUCCAAAAAGAAAUUUUUUAGGAGCUCUUAAUUAUUAUUUAUUGUGUAAUUGUUUUGAAAAGGUUAUUUUCUUUUUUGUUAAUUUUGGUUACAAUAAAAAUUGAAUUUUUAUUGUUGUACUCUUUCCAUGCCAAUAAACAAUAUAAUCGUCAAAUUAUAUAUACCUGUAUUCAUGCAAGGAAACUGUUUUCAUUUGACAUUAACAUUACAAAAAUAUAUAAAAAUCUCACUAAAUGGAAUAUUUUCAAAAUAUAAAAUGGAUUUUCAUCAUAAAUGAAAUAUUACCAAUAAAAUUAAAACUAUUGUAAUGUUGAUUUAUCUAUUACAUAUUAUUAUUCUCUAAUUUCCUUUGAUACAAAAUACAGCUUCUUGCUAAAAAAAAUGCUACCAGUUUUCAAAAUUCAUUAAUAAAAUAGAGCUUCCUAAAGCCAGACCAACCUGGAAACCACCAUGGCAUGGAAAGAGUUAAAUGUUAUUAAUACUUCUCAAAAAACAAUAUUACAGUCAGAAUGAUGUUGAUCAUCUUUUAGGUUUUCUACAUAGAUCAUGGCAAUCAAGAAACAACUGAUGCUUCAUCAUUGCGUCUUUUGCCAGACAAGUUCAAAGUGCAAGCAGCUUAUGUGAUUAAGGCUAAACUAGGGGGUGUAAUUCCAGUAGAAGAAGGCUGGUCAGAUGAGGCUGUGGAAUAUUUUCAAAAUUUUGUGGAAGCAAAGUAAGACUGACAUUUAUAAUUUUGUUAUUAUUAAUUAUUAGUUUUUAAUUGAAUAUAAGCACAUGAGUAAAUAUGCAUGAUUUAAAAAAAUACAAUCUGCUAAUAACAAGAGCUAUGUUUUUAUAUUAUAUUCCAGAAUGCUCAAUCCCAAACAAUUUUAGUAUGUCCAAAAUAUCUGGGGGCAUACUUUCAAAGAUAACUGCAUUGAAAUGUUAAUUUGUGCAUCAUCAUUGAUGUCCAGUGGAAGUGGCAGUAUGCCUCCAUUUCAAAAUUUUUGAAGUAUCAAUUUUAAAAGUAAAUGCAUUCUUAAACAUUAUUAUUUCAUUAAACACUGAAAAAUUUUGCCUCUGUAUAGAUCUAAAAUGUGAACAUUUGUACUUGUCCUGCCUUGAAGCAAUAUUUAUAUCUUUAAAUUCCCUGUCUGUGAUGAUUUGCAUCUCAGACGUAAUUUUAUGUCAUUGAAAUCUUGGUAAGUUACAUCUAUUGGUUCAAGUUAACUCUUUCGCUGGGGAAUUUUUUAAUUCAAAGAGCAAAAAAGAGUGAGAGGUUGGGUUUAUUAAAAAAUAUUUAAAAUAUAAUUUUUUGGUUUUUAAAACUAAACUUAGUAUCAAAUGAAACAUAAUUGAAUGGACUAUAUGUUUGUAAACUUAUUUCUUCAGUUUAAAUAAAAUAAGUAACAGAAAAGAACCAUAAAAUGUGAAAACUUUAUAUGCUAAACCAUUUUUUCCCCCAAACCCUAUGAUGAAUGCUUACCUUAUCUUCACUACUCAAAUGCUCUAAAACUAAUACUAUCGUAAUCAUGUGAUGGAUCUAAAUACAAAUCAUCUACACUAUGGAAAGAAAUAGUAUAAAAAAAUUCCAAAGCUUUUUGAGUUGUUAAUCUUCUAAGAAACUUACUCACCUACUAGGGCCUGUUUGGUUUUUCCAAUUAUGUUAAAAUCACUUCCUUUCUACUUCUCUUUACUUUGUUUUUGUCUGGUUUUAGCGCCCUCUCCUAUAUUUUUUCUGUUUUAGGUAGGAUAUGUAUAUUGACAUUAUGGAAAUUUAAUUUAUACUUAUUUAAAUGUGUUGUGUUUGUUUGUACUGAUGAAGGCAUAUGCCGAAACGUUUAAUUCUGUAUAAUGUACAAUUAUUAUUAAAGCUAACUCAUAUUGUUCUAUUGACACAAUUUGUUCGUGUCUUAUUAAUAUAUUCUAUGUAAAAGUCUUAUUUAAAAAUAGCUCUUAAAAAGUUAAACCGAGAAAUAGCAAAUAAAAUAAAAAACAUGAUACUGAAACAACGCAGAGCACGUUGGUCUGUGCUUUUUAGAUCGGCGAAUGAACGCACUGUGCGUUGCAUCGCAGCGAAAGAGUUAAAAUAUUAUACUGUACUUAGCGUCCAUUCCAUACCAGACAUAAAUAAAAAUUAAAAAGCUUUUUUUUUUUACUGACAUCAUAACUGUUUACCCCUAUGAUUUAGUGCAGAGCCCCAGGUAAGCCCUUGACGGUACCCGUAUAAUGUUUUACUCCAUGAUUUUUAUUUUUCAGAUCCCUUCUUGCUGAUAUUGUUGAAAUUAAUACAGAUAACUCAUCAUGUGUUGUUCACCUCUUGAAACUAGGCAUCCCAGUUCAUGAACUACUUAUUGAAAAAGGUUUGAAAAAUCUUGAAAUAGAUUUCCAUCAUUCAGUCAUUUAUUUUGAGUUUCAUAGUAGUGGUCUUCAGACGGUCCAUUCAAUUUUUCUUAAACUUAAUGCAGCCUGAUCCUAAAUGAAUACUUUUAUAAAUUAUUUUUUUAGGAGCACUCUUCAAUGCUAUUUUGUAUGCAACUAAGUGCAGAGCUGUAUAUUUUCUAAUGAAUUCAGAUGAGUUUUUGAAACACUUUUACGAGAUUUUAUUUUUAUUAUGUCUGUAUUUAACCCUAGAACUUCCAUAAAGGCAGUUGACUGGCCGUUAUACCCCUUUCUAUAGUGUCUGGGCCGAUAUUUUAUAACAGCCACUAGUAAAAUCGUCAUUUAAGAUGCAAAUGAGUUAAUGUACAUUGGUUAAGGGGAAAUCUCUCUAUAGAAAUCAGUUUGAUUCCUUUUACUAUGUGUAAACAUGCUUUUAUGAGGGCUUGUUUUGCAAUUAAUCGGUUGUGAAAUUUGCUAUAAAAUUUUUUUUGUCUGCCAUUAUGUCUGAGAGGGUCUCCAUUUAGAUAACAAAAUCAACACAGACUUUUUCUAUUGAAAUUAUUUCAAAUGGAUUAAAUUGAAAACAGUGAUUUGAGAAAUAUUUCACAUGCUACUGUACAGGCACUAGAGGUUAUGGCGAUAUAAGAGUCAGAUAUUGACAAUUUCAGCCCUACAGUCUUAUUGUUACAAAUUUAUUUGGCAAAGGGUGGAGAUUGAACAGAAAAGACAAAGAUUGGAUCCCAAAGACCUACCUUAAAGUAUUACAAAGACAUCUAUGUUUGUUCAUGUUCAGGAUUACCGGGUAUUCAUAAAUUUAAUAAAAGUGGAUUAAAUAACUUUAAAUGAUAAGAAAUUUUAAAAAUCAUUUCGUUUGUGGUCAUCUAUCCCCCACUGUAUUUUAUAUACAACAGAAAUUCGAUAUUUUAAAAAAAAAGUACAUAUAACAUGACAAUUUCUGAAAGGAUAUUUCCUUUAGUGCUGUGUCUAAAAACCUGAUGUAAUGAUAGAAGAAAAUAGUGAAAUUUGUGUGGGUUAAAUGCCGAAGUUGAGUAGUAAAAUUUUACUUAACGGUACUCUGUUAAGGUCCAGGUCAAUAUCAACAUAUCACAUCAUCACAUACCGGUGUAUAUUUAUAAAAGUGAAAGUUUUUUUUGUUUGUGGCUUUGUAUCAUAUACGUUUCUACAUGGAUUGAUGGAUCUUGACCAAAAUUGGCACAUUUAUCCAUCAUUAUCCGGAUGGAACUCUUGGGGGUGGAAUUUUUGGGGGGGGGGGGGAUUAUGAACUUUUUAUUUCAUUCCGUUUGGGGCAGAGGACCCUGAAUUAGUUUUUUUUCUUAUAUGAGCUAUAGGGCCUAUAAAUAAAAUGACCAACAAAUACUCCUACAUGAAUAGAUGGAUUUUGACCAAACUUAGUGCACAUGCAAUUGAUUAUCCAUAUUCAAAUACCAAAGGGUAAUUCCUCUGGAGCCGGUGGCUUCAUUUCAUUUUUCCUAAUAUAAGCUACAUAAAUGCCAAUAGGCUUAAACAACACAAAGGUUCUUUAUGAAUUGAUGGAUUUAGGCCGAGUGUUGUAGCAAUGCCCUUCAUAGUCCAUAUUGAAAUAUGGUGGAUUUCAAAGUAAUAUCCAACCCAUUCAGAGCCGAUUUAAAGUUUUCCAGAAAGUUCGAUUAUUGAAAAAAGCUAUAAAUAUGGCAUUUUUAAACUGAUUUUAAUGGGACAAAUUUUAAAUUUUAAUUUAUUAUUUAUCCGAUUGAUUUUUAUAGGGCGCUUUAUCUCAGGCAUAACUAAAUCGGUACAAUUUUGGAAUUAUUUUUAUUUACAUGGCGCCUAAUUUCGAUGUUGAUUAAAAGGCUGUAGAUGUAGUUAUUUUUCAGAAUGCAAUCCCGGGCAAUGCCGGGUAUAUUGGCUAGUAUAGUUUAAAAGCAGAUUAUUUUUUAAACCAUAAGAUACCUUGUUCAGUUUACUUUCAGAAAAUGUAUACUUGUUAGGGUCUUUGAAUUCAGUUAGUAUGUGUUUUUGUCAUUUUGACAAGCAUAUUAAAAUAGCAUAGUAUUUCUUCUUAAUUGAAUUUUAUAAACCUGUUAGCAAAAAUAAAAAUAUUUGUUAUUUUGCAGUGCCAUUAUUUAUAAUUCGACAUAGUGCGUCUUGGGAAAGCUUGGAUGCAACAGAGCUUGACAACCGCUAAUGACUUUCAUUUCAUUGUCAGGUUUUGCAACAUUAGCAGACAGCUCACUGGUUGACACAGCAGUGCAGCGGCAUUUCUCUGAUGCCAAUGAGAGCACCAUUGCGCAAUCUGGUGACUUUUCAUACCUUGAGAGUACACAUUUAGAAGAUGACGAGUCCACAGAGCAGGCAGGGACUUGUCCAGUGGCUAACAGAGGGUUGAAAAUUGGGUUUGUCUAUUUUGCUUACACUUUAAAUUAUUUUAAUUUGUUUUUCUUGUCGAGUUUUAAAUACAUUGGGUUUAUUUUUUAUCAAAGGCAGAAGAAACAAAUCCACUUUCUAUUAACUUUUCACUCUCUUUUAUUAAAUUUGAUUAACCUAUAAAAAUCAGGAAUUAUUUAUUUUGAAAUCCCCCUUAAUUGCCAAACAGAUUUAGUUGCAUUAUUUAAUAAUGUAAAUAAUCAAAUAAAAAGUAUUUUAAUGAUUCAUUUCAACUGAUCUUGUAGGCUGACAUGUAAAGUGUUUCAUUUGAAAAACUGCCAAAUGUUUUACUUUAUGGUCUAUCAUAAAGCUUAUCAUAAGGUCACAUGAACCAAACAAUGUUCUAAUUUACACUUGAAAUUAUUUUUACAGUUACAUUUUGAUAUUGAUUAUUUAUUUCUGCUUCCUCUGCCCAGAUAUGUGUCAAAUACACUGGAGGAACUUAAAGAAGUUGGUGUGUAUGUAAGUCAUGCUGUCAGUCCUUCACUUUUCUGGUGCCAGUUGUCCUCAUCAUCAGGCACCCUCUCACAAAUCAGUCAGUCCAUGGAAAUAGCCUACAGUUCACCACAAAAUGAAGAUAAAGUUGAGGGUCCCUUGAGUGCUGGAGAUAUUGUAGCUGUUGUCUCAGAUGAUGGCCAGGUAUACAGAUCAAAAGUCUUGAGCUCCAUAGAUUUGGACAGCUCAUCUGAUCAAAAAGUUUCCCUUAGAUAUCUUGAUUAUGGCAAUGAGAGGGAAUUUCCUGGAAAUCAAAUAUAUAAGAUGAAAGAAGAACUGUGUUCAUAUCCAGCCCAAGCCAUUCAGUGCUGUCUUGACUGUAUACAACCAUCAGAGGAUGGCUGGCUGCCUGAAGCUUGUAGUAAAUUUUUAGAAAUUGUAGAAGGCCAUGAACUCUUUUUGAAGUUGGUUGGUAGAGAACAAGAUGGUUCAGUUCUUGUAGAUUUAAUUUCAACAGACUCAGAUGAUCAUGUCUCUGCAUCCCUAAUAGCAUCAGGGUUUGGAGAGAUGGUUGGCUUUGAAUCAGCAACAGGAAUCACUUCAAGUAGUUUGCGGAACACUAAAGCUGCUGAUACUACAGGUGUGGAUGCUCUUGAGAUCACCCAGCCUAUCAUGGAAUCCACAGUUAUGCCAGGGGAAAUUACUCAAAACAUCCAGCAAAGUUAUUUAUUUGAAGACACAGAAAAUGGCCAUUAUAGGUAGGGAAGUUAAGACACAUCUUUUAUUGUAAAUAGCAUCCAUUUGGCUUAAAACUUGAGAUUAAACUGGAGGUAACUUACAAAAAUGCAAAGUUAAAUGUAAAAACAACUUUUGACUGAUGCCACAUAACCAAUUAUGUUUUCCCAGGUGCUUGCGCCUCAGUCUCCACACUGAGUAUGAGGUGAUGGUCAGCAAUGAUGAGCUACCCAAUUCCUUUCAUAUACAGCUUCUAGAGCUCAGGAGUCAGUUUACCUCUUUGAUGGCGGACAUUGCAGAACAUGUUGUAUCAGAUUCUAAUCUUGAGCCUUCAUCUUUCACCCCAGAAGUUGGUGCUUGCUGUCUGGUGCAGAUGUGUGGUGUUUGGUACCGUGGAGAUGUGUUGUCUCUAGAGGCUGACACCUGGAAUGUAAGAAAUAUAAGCGCUGUGCAAUUUGAAUGUCAGGUCCCCAAGUAAUGUGGAUCAGACAAAUCUUUUUAUAAUGUACCAUCUAAACAUUGAAUUAUACCUGGGUGUAACAAGAAAAAAAGUUUGAUGCUGCAUGGUGGGGCCCUAGGAAACCAAAUGGUUGGAUAGCCUUAAGACAAUGAAAUAGUAAACCAUUUGAUGGUGUCAAUUACAACCUCUCAAUUGCAUGUUAAGUAUUCUUAAUUGUUACUUAAUUCCUAUAAAAACUGCAACAAUAGAUGAAGGUGGACAAUCACUUAUCAAAUAUAACUCUACCAAACAAAUGACCUUUGUCAUAUAUAUUCUUUUACCUUAACAAAACAGGGUAGGUAAUGUAAGUGCUCCAUGGCAUGUAUUCAAACAAAUGGCACUGUUUCACAGGUAAAGUCAAUUGACUGUGGUUGGGAAGUGAAGGUUUGCCAAGAUGACCUCAAGGCCUUACCUCUCAGGUUUCUUGACCUGCCAGCUCAAGCAGUGCCUUGUUAUUUGGUUGGUAUUGUGUCAGUGGAGCCACAGUGGUGCUCAGAUGCCAUUGUUUUCUUUCAAGGUAUGUUCCUGGAUAUGUUAUGCCUCUUUUGAGGUCUAUUAGAAAAUUCCAUGUUUAUGACAUGACUCUUGGAGAAUUACUUAUACUUUUUGUAUAAACUUUCACCACUUACCAUAUCACAACUGAGACAGUUAAACCAAAAACAAAAUUAUAAAUUCUUGAUUUCAUACACCUUGACCCCGCAAUUUUAAUUAAGUAACUUUAAGAUGGACAAAAAUAUAUUAUUUACAAAAAAGAAGGAAAGAAAAAAUAAUUUCAAAAAGAUUGUUCACUGUGACAGCGUGUAGACAUGAAUUAUUGAAAAAUUAUUCUGAAUAAGAAAUGUGAGAUCAUUUGUGCAGUUGAAGCCAAUUUUUAACAUGGUCUAAAAUAAAGAAAUAAACUUGGUAAUGUUGUAUUUUAUGUUCUCUCAUCUUACUCUCAGACUGCUUGAAAGAAACCACCUUUUGCAUGAAUGUUCUUGAAAAUGCCAAUGAUGGCAAAUAUGGUGUUUACCUGAGUGAUAUUAAUCAAACUGGUACUCAGUCCAUCAACAGGGCCAUGGUUGACUUGGGAUAUGCUGAGGUAAGUUUCCCUAUCAAUUUUUUUUAAAAAUGGAGCUUUGAAUCUGAUGCAACAGCUGAAUGACUUCUAGUAUGAAUGAAUGUGAUAUAAAAUAAUUAAAAGACAUAACAAUUACAACUAAGGGUUAAAACUGCUUUGUUUUUGGUUUUCAAACCUUAAACUGGUUGUUGAUUUUUAGUAUCCAGAUAACAUUGUUUUUUUCUCAUCAUUUUUUAAAAAUCCAGAAAUUUUAUUGUGUAAUAAACAUAAUGUGAACUAACACUAACAGUAAAUACAUAAAGAAGUUACUGGAAUUGUGUGUCAAACCAUACCACAUGCUUCAAUAGGAUUAGCUGAAUUCCAGGAAAUUCACUUCCAAAAAUAGCACGUAUGUUAUCUGCUGUCAUUUAACAAGUUGGUGUAAAUGAAUAAUCAUCAUCACAGUAAACGCUCAAUAUUAAUCACUGGCAUAGUAAAAGGGAUGUGGAAGGGUGGAAAUUUGGCUAACUGCAGCAGAGUUGUUUUGUUUCUUUGUGGAAAGGGGCUGCUAGAAAUCCUGGCCAAAUUCAUGUGGCACUUAUGCUAGCUAUGCCACUGAUAUUAAUAUUAAUUAAUACUACCUUUAUUUUAUAUACAACUAGCGAGUACUAGGCAUGUUUUGCAAUGCCACUCAAAGUCAAAGAACGAAAGUGUCUGUGUUUUAAUUAUGUUUUUUGAAGUACUUUUUAUAUAGACAAUAUAUUUUGUUUUUCCAUCUGGUGCGUACACGAAUAAAUUAGGUUUUUCGAUGCGUGAGCAGGCCACUUACAGCUGUCCACGUGAGAGGCAUGGAUUUUCAAAAAUUAGCCCACACACUUGUAGCCAUUUUUCACCCAUGCAAAAGCUGUUUGAAAUUAUAUUUAUAAUGCUCAUGUAAGAAAAAAACAAAUUUAGGGCCACCGGCCCCAAAUGGAAUAUUGUAAAAUGGUUGUACUAAAUUAGAAACCUUUGCUGGCGUGCACACAACUUUUCACUAAAGUUUUUUCGCUAUCGGAUGAUUUGUAUAUGAAUGCAUCAGGAAAUUAUAUUUAUAUAGGUAAUAUAAGAGAAAAAACAAAUGUAAGGCCCCCCCCGGCCACAAAUAGAAUAUUGUAGAAUGAUUUUACUAAUUCAGGAAACUACUUAAGUCACAUAAAAAGUCAAAAGUUGCGAUUUGUAUUUGAUUAAAAUUCCAUCCACCCAUGCAUUACCUCUGCUUGAAAUUAUAUUUAUAUAGCUCAUAUAAGAGAAAGUUAAGGGGAGGUGCGGGUGAGAAAUUGACGAAAAUGGCAAAUUUUGAAUAAUUUUUUAUUAUUGGUUAUUUGGUUUUAUUAACCAUUUCUCUAUUACAUUUUUAUAUUUGUUUUUAUAAAAGUAAGUUAGAAAAUAUAAUAAAUUACAAAUUUCCUGACCCUAUCAAUCAGAAAAAUGUCAAAAUUGUCCUAUUUUUAGUGUUUUUACCCCUUUGUUAUGAGUAUUUGGAAUCGCCCAAUCCCUAUGUCUUUGGCAUGGUUGGAAAGAUGGUGAUUUCGGGGUCAAGAUAAAUAUAGCUUAUGAUCACAAAGAAAAUUACAAAAGCAACCGAACCUUUCGAUCGCCGGUAAUGUCUAGCAAAAUUUGGUAUUUUCCUGUCCUACUUCGUGUAUCACGUGAUCAAACCCUGACCUUUGAAUAAAAUAAGCAUUUUGAUUGGUUCCUAUGUAGGAAAUCUGUUUAUAAAGGUCACUUCCGGUAUAAACAAAACCGUAUCUAAUUUCGUGAGGCCUAGCAAGUUCGAUAUGUAAUUUGUCGGUAAUAAAUUCAUUUGAGGAGUUAAAAAACAACUAAAUAAGUAAAUAACCACACAAAAUGAGUUGGCUUUGAUUAAUUGCCAUAAUAAACAUGAUUAAUGCUUCUCCUUUUCGGAGAAGACCAAGACUGAGUACACUAAACUACUAAGACUAAGCCUAGCCUACUCCUAGUGCUAGUCGCUUCAAGUUCAAGCAUCGCUACGCUACUUUACCAGCUGGAAAAAUAUAGAAAAAUACUAUGCCUUGGUAAGUCUUAAAAAUCUAUUUUUCAUUUAGAUUCAAAUUCAAAGUACGGUAUCAAUUAUUUAUAAGGCUAAGCCUAUACUGUGCUCACUAUAGACCAUUGAAUGACUUAUACUUUAUUAUAUUAGUAAUAGUUAGUAAUAAACAGUUACUUUUGUGAUAGUGAACUGUAGUAAAAAUAAAACCUAUAAACAAUUUAUGAAUUUAGUUAUUAUGACAUUUGUCUUACACUGUCCUAUAUUUAUAGCUAUUAAAAUGGUAAUAUGAAAUUAAAUGUAAUAAAUUUCUCUUUUUUUUUUUAUUGCAUCGCAAAUAACAUUGUCAUUAGUGUUAUUUUAUUUUAAAGUAAAGUAAGAGUAAGAGCCCUAACAAAUUUUGCUUGAAAUACGUGUCAACAAGUAUGACCUAUCAGUCAUUAAUUUCAUUAUAGCCUUAUAUUUUUAUUGAGAAGCAUUUAAUAAAAAUAUCUAAAUACAAGUUUAUUGUUUUCAGGAAUCAUUGAGGAGACGCGCAAUGAGGUUGCGGAACACAACAAACCACAACAUGCAUUAUAUUUCCUGUUGAUAAACUACACUGAUCUGUUGUGCCUAGGUCCAUUUAGCCCAAAGGACAAUAUGCACAUGAAAAAGAAGGAGUGCCCUAAGUGUAUUCCAAUGUUACAGAUUCCUCGGCGCAACAUAUGUUCGAUGCAUCGAAAUAAAAGUAACCUCAGGCAGAGGAUGCAAGAGAAGACUAACACAGAUUACAUCACAAAACUCAUUAUGUGUUAUUCAAGGACAAAAAGAAUAAGACAGUAGUUGAAAGAAACAUAUCAAUAUUUCCCUUAUUUUAACAUUGUAUCUCUCUGCGAUGUGAUUUUCAACAUGACGAGUGUCAAAAUUUGAUACAGUAACUAAUUAGAUUUUACAAUGGAGUUAUUGCUCAUGAGUUUUCUGGCUCACACAAAAAACAGUUAAUAUGCUUUUGUGGAAAAAUACAUGUUGCAACUCAAGUGAUUCAAAAGUUGUGAGAUAGAAAUCAGAAAAUUUACAACUGUCAAUAUUCAUUCCGUCAUUAGAACUCAUAGAACUUACAAUUUUUUCUUUACAAGAAUAAGAGUUGCAUUUUCAGCAUUCAUGGACAAUGCCAAAUAACUCUUUGGAAUUGCAUAUUUACCUAGCUUAAUUUUAUGAUUUUGCACACUUUUAUAAUGCUGAAAUUCUCCAAAAUAAGCGAAUUAUUAUUUUUUCGACAAAUACAGAAUAAUAGAUAAAAAUAUAUCAAUCACAGUGAAAAGUUGAGUGGUCAGGAAAAAAGAAAAAUGGACCUGGAAAAUGAUUAAAAAUGUCCACAAUAGGCUAAUAAAAAGUUUUUAUUCCAAUCUUGGUAUAAGAUUCUUAUUUUUCAUUGAUAUUUUCAUUGUUUUUGUCGUUUUUCUUCGUUAUUUCAGUUUUCUUGUUUUCACUAUUUUUGGUCACUAAUAUCCCUAUAACUUUUUUAUUUAUUAUCCAAACCUCACCAAAUUUUCACAGUAUGUUCAGUGACCAAUAAUAAACAUUUGAAUAACCUAGAAUUAAGAUAACUAUCUUAGAAAAGAAAAUAUGUAAAAAAGAAUUCACCCACACCCCUAUUUUUUGCAUAAAAAAUGGGGUCACAAUUUCUGACCCUGUAAAUUUAUAACCAGUCAUUACAUCAAAAAGUCCUGUUAUACAAAGUUUUAUUAUAGGUUAAAUAUUCUAUGUUUAAAAUCUGAUAGCAAUAACUUAAUAUUUGUAAAAGCCUUAGUGUUUUAAAACACACUAAAAAAAUAAAAAUGGCGGAGGUUUUUAUGGGCUACAAAGGCAAACAAUGGAAAUUUUUUUUUUUUUAAACCUGUUUUGUACCUCCAUUACAAUACCAAAUAAGGUGUAGUUAAAAAAAAUCCUAUAUGAAGCCAAACAAAAAUUUUAGAUUUUUCACCCACACCUCCCCUUAAAAUGGAAAGCAAAUUUAUUCAGCUUUUCAGCACCAUAUCUCCACAUGUCAUGAAUCAAAUGCUCUCUUACUAAUGUUUCUCAAUUUCCCUGUAUUUCUUCCUUUUUUUCUUAUUCCUUAGAUUUUAUGUAUCCCUAAAUAUUUUGGUCCGUUAAGAUUCUUUACCUGUUUUGCACAGUACCAAUAUUUAUAUUCUUUCACUUCCUGUAAUCCUACUUCUGGCAACAAAGAGAAAUCUCUCAAUUUUUUUACUGUGCUCUGUUACUUGUCAUACUUCUUUUUGUCUUGUUUGCUGAAAAAGGCUCUAAGCCAAAAUAUCCAAAUCUUUUGUCCUAUUAAUUCAAGGUUAGCAUACCUUGUUCUUAUAUUUCAUUUGUAAAAAAAUCUGGUUUUAACAUCUUAAAUUCUAACAUGUCAUAAAGUCUAUAAAUAUCUCAUUAAGAACUAUUCCUCCUUUGUCUAAAGGAGAUUGCAAAAAUUCUAAGAGGACAUUAUUGUAAGUGUUGUCACUUAUUAUUCAUUUAACUAUUAAAGUCUAACCACAUUAACAAAAACAGUAGUACUGUGACUUUACACUUGAUCAGUGCACCAUUUUUAAAUGAUGUAGACCCAGUGUUACUAUUUUCCUCAGGUGGUGCCUGGUUCUAACAUUGAUGUUCAGAUAGAGAUGGAGAAAACAUUAGAUACAGAUAUGCUGAACGACCUUGGUGAGAUUAAUUUAAAUGCUUGUGUGGCUGGGAUGGUUUAGCAGCUGAGCUUCUUUUAAGUAAAACUUUUGGUGGUCUUUUUAAUUUAAAAUUGCUAAGUUAAAAAAGUAACAUACAGGCUAUGAUCUCAAAUUGAAUUUUUGAAAGCAGAAAGCGCCAUUGUGGCCUGGGUGCUAAAUUUGCAUUGUUUGAAUUUAAAAUAUAUACUUAAUCAUUUUUUCAUUGAAAAUUAAGACCAAAAGUAGUGCUUGGCUGUCUGACCGCUGAUAACUAAUGAUAAACUGUGAGUUUUCUUGUUAGUGAAAUAUUAAAUCAAAGUCGGCAGUGGUAUGAUUAAUGCGUAUAAUACUUCCUAUACCGUAAUUAAAAGAUUAUUUGAAUAUAACAUGGGAUAUUAUGAAUAAAAAAAUAUGGGAUAGCAAGGAUGAAAUAAUUAGAUAAAAGAUAGCUAGAUACCUGUCACUAUUAAAUUUGAAUGUUAGUCAGUUUUGCAAUGUUUUGACUCCAAGAAGCCUACUGUAGUAUAAAAUUUUUGUUUUGUUUUUGUUCUACUUUUCAGAAGAAUCAUUCAAUGAGGUCUCCAUAUUGAAAUGCAAUGCCCAUAAUGAUGAUGAUGGGGAAGGUAUAUAUUUUCACUCAAUCUUUUUAAACACUGCACUUGACCUUUCCAUCUCUCCGUGGCUUCAACAAUUCUGUAACAAAAUCUUUAAUGUGGUUGUGGAUUCAUCUGUCACGAGGGAGGAAUGUGGAGGGCACUAGCAAAUAAUAAUUAAUGCAUUAGGCAAUGGCAUAGAUUAGGUUUCUGUUAACUGCCAUUAGAGAAUGGAAUAAAGUUCUCUUCCCUAUUAUAAACCAGAUUACCGUAUAUUUUCUUAAACAAGCAUUGGUAAACACACCCCUCAAAUCAUCCUUGGACCUUAUCUCAGCCUGAUAAUGUUAACACCCAGGCCUUAUAAGUGUUGCCAAGGCAAUUUUUUAGAUGUCUUUAAAAAGGAGGAUGGGAGCCACAAUUUUAAAUUUAAAAAAAAUUGUGUAUAGAUUUAAAGUGCAUGAAUGGGACAAUAGUCCAUUUAUUCAAUUGAAAUUUUCCAUCCUAUCCAUGUGAAAGCUAAAAAAACAUUAAAAAUAUUUAUGUAGGCCUGACACAGACAUAGAUUCCUUUCAUUUCAAAUUUGUAAGAGACUGAAAUUCUUGAUUUAAGUACAGUAUUAUUUUUCUACCUACUAUUUACGUACAGCAAAACACCAUUGGUUUAUUUAGAUAGCUGCUAUGUGAUCUCUAUAAAAUAUUAACUUUGGUGCUUGUCUUUGUCAUGUCUGAACUAUUAUUAGCGCAGUUCUACUAAAUCUACUUAAACACUUUAUAUCCACAUGGCACUUAGAGUAAAAAGAUCCUUCUAUCCACAUGACUUUUUCAGCCAGCAUGGUGAACCAGGUUACAAGAAAGAAAAUUGAAUAACUUGGUCGUGACAUAAGUUUUUGAAUCCACUAUGUAAAUUUAAAUACAGGAACUGUAUUAUUACAGCUAGCACUGUUAACUGAAGGAUUAUUUAAAAUUACCUAUAAUAAAUUAUCUAAAUUACCUAUAAGCUGCUAUGAAAUUCAUCAUCUGAGGGUAUUUUUGACAAAAUUACUUUUGAUCAGUGUAAAAAAAAAAAAAAUUGGAAAAAAUCUGACAUUAAAACUAUCUAUUUUCAUGUAAAAGUUGUGAUUUAACCAAUUGGGAAGGAUGUAAUGUAAACACAUUUGCACAGCUAAGAGGAGAUAAUUCAUGAAUUAUUAUAAUUUGCUAUCUUAUACAGAUCAGCCUUCUGUGGAUAUAAAUAUAAAGGUUAAAAUUGCUAGUCACCUAAUGCUGUGGUGUGGAUAUAGCAUUAAAACAGUUAGAUUAAAAGUAAGGAUGUGCUAGGGAAAUGUAAAUUGCUCUUGAGAAGAAAGCAAAUUUUGAAAGCUUUAUAACUUUAUGUACUUUUGGAAAUCAACCCAGAGGCCUUGUUUGCUAUAUUUAGAUAUUUUACAUUGUAUUUGCAACACAGUUCCAUUAACUAAUGACCUCAUCUAUAUAACCAUGUCAGUGUAUACUAAUAUUGGCUCUUCUUUCUCACUGAUCUAUAUCAACUUAACAAGUUCACUUUCUUCUAUUUAUAUGACAGCUUCUUAAUACACCGUCAGCUUAAAAAAAAUUAAUUACUGCUUGAUUAAAAAUGCUUUUAACUGUGCUAAUGCUAUCCCUGUAUUGCUUAACUAGCACUUUUCAUUCCUCAGCUGAACCAGGUGUUAUUUUAGAUUCUGAAAACACUCUAGGUGACACAUAUGAAGAGUCUGAGCUAUGUAAAGCUAUCAUUAAACACUCAGUCAGGUAUCAGGAAAAAUCCCAUGGUCUCCCAAGGUCUGAUGAACAUUACUCCAGUCCAGCUUCACUCUGUCAGCCCUGCAGUAAAUCUGUGGACUUUGACCUGGCAUCAGCUGUGGACAGAAUUGAUCAGAUGGGCUGCAAAGAUGUGUAUACAGAGGGGGGAUUGUCAAUUGUGUUUGAGGAGUAUGAGGACCAGUCCAGCACUGAGAGGACUGACGACCAUUCUAGUGUGGAGACGCAGAAUGGCAGUGCCAGUUUAAAAAUUAUAAGGGAUAAAAUAGAAAAGGAGGAGGAUCCUUACAGUGUAGUCAAGGUGGUUGACUUAAAUAGCGAAGAGAAAGUGGAUGAUUUUACCAGUGAACAGAAGGUGGAUGACUUUAAUAGUGCAGACAAAGUGGAUGAUUAUACCAGGGAAGAAAAGGUGGAUGACUUUAGUACUGAAGAGAAGGUGAAUGACUUAAAUAGUGCAGAUAAAGUGGAUGAUUAUACCAGGGAAGAAAAGGUGGAUGACUUUAGUACAGAAGAGAAGGUGAAUGACUUAACUGGUGAAGAGACGGUGAAUGACUUAACUGGUGAAGAGAAGGUGAAUGACUUAAAUAGUGCAAACAAAGUGGAUGGUUAUACCAGGGAAGAAAAGGUGGAUGAAUUUAGUACAGAAGAGAAGGUGAGUGACUUUACUACAGAAGAAAAGGUGGAUGACUUUACCAGUGAAGAGAAGGUUGAUUACUUUACUAGUGCAGACAAGGUGGAAGAUAUUACCAGGGAAGAGAAUAUGAAUGACUUUAAUACAGAAGUGAAGGUAUAUGACUUUACCCGUGAAGAGAAGUUGAGUGACUUUACUACAGAAGAAAAGGUGGAUGACUUUACCAGUGAAGAGAAGGUGGAUGACUUUACCAGUGAAGAGAAGGUGGAUGACUUUACUACGGAAAAGAAAGUGAAAGGCUUUAACAGUGAAGAAAACAUAGAUGACUUUAACAGUGAAGAGAAUGUGGAUGAUUUUACCAGGGAAGAGAAGGUAGAUGACGUUACCAGUGCAGACAAGGUGGAAGAUAUUAAUAGGGAAGAGAAUGUAAAUAACUUUAAUACAGAAGAGAAGGUAAAUGACUUUACCAGUGAAGAGAAGGCAGGUGACUUUACCAUUGAAGAGAAGAUGGAUGACUUUAAUAGCGAAGAGAUUGCUGAUGAUUUUACCAGGCAAGAGGAGGUGGAUGACUCUACCAGUGCAGAAAAGAUGAAUGAUUAUAUAAGGGAAGAGAAGGUAGAUGGCUUUAAUAUGGAAGAGAAGGUAGAUGACUUUACUAGUGAACAGAAGGGAAGUACUGAUGAAAAGAAGGUAUGGGAUUUUGCUACUGAAGAGAAGGUGGAUGACUUUAACAGUGAAGAGAAGGAGGAUGAUUUUACCAGUGAAGAAAAUGUGAAUGACUAUACCAGUGAAGAGAAGGUGGAUAACUUUGACUUUAUCAGUGAACAGAAGGUGCAGGACUUAACUAGUGAAAAGAAGGGGGAAGACUUAACUGGCGAAAAGAAGGUGGAUGACUUAACCUGUGAAGAGCAGAUGGAUGACUUUACUACAGAGGAGAAAGUGGAUAACUUAACUAGUGUAGAGAAGGUGGACAGCAAUACCAUUGUAAAGGUUGAUAACAUUACCAGCUUAGUUAAUGCAAAUGACCUGUCUGGUUUAGAGAAGGUGGUUGCCACUGCUGAGAUAUGGAAUGUCAAUGACGAGGCUGGUGUAGAGAAGGUAGUUGACCUGGCUGUAGUUAAGAAGGUAGGUAACAGGGCUGGUGGUGAGAAGGUUGACCUUGCUUGUGGGAAACAGGUGAAUGAUGUGGCUGGUGAUGGGAAGGUUGAUUGCCUGACUGGUGGUGAGAAGGUGGAUGACCUGGCGGGUGGCAAGCAAGUGGAGGAUGCCCAAAAAAAACAAGAUACAGACAAUCCAAAAGAAUUAGAAUCUGUCUUCAUCCAAAAUGAAGCUAAUGUCAUCAUUAAUGCAAACAUUAACAAGGAGGCAAAUAUCUUGACCGAUAGUAAAACAAAAUCUUUGUACACUUGGAAAAAAAUGGAUCAUCUUAGGUCUUCACCACAUGAAGAUCAAUCAAACGAAGAAAUGGAACAUUCUGUUGAUCUAACUCCUAGUUCAGAGACCCAUAGGAGUGCUGGCAAUUCAGGUAUAUUUCAAAUUUAACCACAAAUUAAUAAUUUUUAUUUUUUGUUCAAAAUUAAUUCUUUUCAUUUAGAGCAUUUCUUCAGUGUUUGAAGAGAAUGUUUUUGUUUCUUUAAGUUACAGUUUCACUUGUGUUUCCUUGUAAAUUAUGACAUCAUAUUCAGAAGAAAAAUUAAAAAUAUUUUAUGAAUUUCAUACAAAAUUUAAAAAAUUGAAACCGGUACCUGACUUUCAAAUCAAUUUUGUUUUAAAAAAUUAAAGGUUUUAAUUAAAUUGUUAUGCCAUGUAUUAUUUAAUUUAAACAAUGAUUUUGUUUAAAGGAAAUAUUUUAAACUUCUUAAUUUCUUAGCAGUUACUAAUGUUUAUAUGAAAACAAAACUGCAAGAUGUUGGAGAUGUCGAGAAUAUGGAUGAAGAAACAGGUGAGAUAAAAGCAGAUACAUUUCAAAGCAAACAGGAUUCUCAAUCUUCUGAUGUGGAUCAGGCUAUUCAAGGAUUCACGAAUCUAGACAUGAGCAGUUAUAUUCUUGAUGCUCUUGGGCAGCAGAUCAGAGGAUCUGAUAAGUCUGUUAAGGAUCUAGAGAACGCUGUGGUCGUUGACACUAUGGGAGAUAUCAAGUUUGCUACAGCUUUAUGGCAAGAUGAUAUAACAAAAAUAUCUGGAAUUACAAAUAAGGACAGUAAUAAUUUAUUAAAUGAACUUGUUUCUGUUGAAUGCAAAGCUGAAGAAAAGUUAAUUAUUUUAGAUAGUGGCACAAAGUUAAGAAUUUUUAAUGAUGAAAAUUCAGGGGAAAAAAUUUGUUCCACUGCUGCUUCAUUAUUGACCAAUAAAUGUCAUGAAGUCAUCACAAAAUUAUCUGACAUGGCUAGAAGUGUCAAACUUGGUCUACAAAUUUUCAGUAAAUGUGAAACCAAUCAUCUUUCAUUGUUACAUGAAAUUUUUGAAGAUUUAGAGACCAUAGAGCUGGACCUUGACCUUGCUGUAGAACAAAUUAACUCUGUCCUUCAUGAAAUCUCUAGUGAGGGGCUACCAAUGGGACAGACAAGCAUGAGCAAUAGAAUAAAGAAGACAAAACAGGAAGCCAUCACACAGAGUAGAUCUGAAUGUUCAUUUAGGGAUGCUUCUGAAGAAGAGUAUGUUUGGAGUGGAGACUUGAGUGCUGGAAGUAGAGAGAAGAAGACUCUCACCCUCAAUACUAAUGAUGGAAGUACUCAAAGUUGUGUCAAAGUAGGUGGAUUUAAGCAUUUUCACAAGCGACCAAGUGAUACAAUUUUGGUAACACCUGAUGAUGAUUUUUUGGUGGUAUCCGAUGAUACUUUUGACACAUGCACAAGAACUUUAAAAGAAAGAACAAAUUCAGCAGGGGCUUGUGACUAUUUCAGCAGCAGUAGCAGUGAUGAUGAUGAGAUAACCAACUAUAAGUUUGCGGAUCCUUGCUUUAAUGUAGCCUGUUAUGAGACUGGGUUCUCUGAAAAUUACUUUAAAGGCUUUCAACAAGAGUAUGACCACAGCCCACAGAACAGAAUGAUGAAAUGUGAAUGUGACACAACUUGUCAGGCAGAAAAUGUGAGCCCUGUUGCUCUGGAUCUGACAGAAGAACAUGAUGUUCUAGUUUUGGAUGAUUCUAGUGAUAUGAUGAAUGCCCAGCCUAGGUUGGCUAGAAGCUUCAGGCUGGCCACGUUUUAUCAGCCCUUUCCAGAGCUGAAUGAGUCAGGAUAUGAGAAAAGCAGAUACCUACACAGAGAAUUUGGCAUGCAUGGUCUUGCUGAUGACAGAAUUUCAGAGACAGACAGUCCACACCGUGUUACAGAAAUGACCAAUUGUAAUGAUAGUCUCCCAACUGGCAAGGAAAUAUAUGACAAAGUUACUCGUAACAUUGAAAAGAAAUACUACUCUGAAAUUUUUCAUAGUCUUGAUAGUCAAGAUACUUCCACUCCACUGUUUGGGACAAGCCAAAAAGGGGUAUCAGCUGAACACACUUCAGACAACUCUGAAGUGUUCCUCGAUUGUCCAGAGCCACACAAAGAUGGUCAGUCAGGAGGCUCACAUGAUGAUAGUAGAUAUUUGAAUAAAGGUGUUAGCCCUGGAAUUCAUAUGGUGUCAUGUUGGCCGGUGCAAAGCUUCACUUAUGAAACUGAUAAUGACUGCAUGGAACAAAGUGUUAACCCGUCGGGCACAGCUGACCCAAUUACAGCUCAGCCAGCUGACGAUGAUACAAAUAGUCAAUUUGUUGUUAAAAGUGAAAAUUGUGCUUAUGUAUUGGAGGAUAUCGGCUCCAACAGUGCAAGGAGAUCACUUGAUGCAAUAGAUAUAGAUGACACAAAUGAUGAUGGUACAGAUAGUAGUAGUAGUAGUAGCAAUAUUACAGACACUGAUUUACAGACAUCCAACUAUGAUACAUCUAGUCUGAUAUUUACUGAAUCAUCCUGGGAUAAGUCUACAUGUUUUUCUUUCUAUUCAACAACAGAGCAAGAAUUUUCAUUUCAGGCAGAUUCAUACAUGUCCAAUGCACUACAAAUAUUUGAAUCUGAUACAUCUGACACAGGUGAAACUUUAUUAUCAGAUGUGUCAAACAUCGGGCAUAAUUUGGAAUCAGAUAUGUCUAAUAUGGGGGGAACUUUAGAGUCUGAUACAUCUACCAUAGGUUCAGUUGUGCCCCCUGAGGCCUCUCAAAUGAGCUUAGAACUUGGAGCUGUGGCACUUGUGCCAGAAGGUUCACCCCAGAACUCUUCCUCAGCUCAAAACACAUCCACAUCAUCUUACACGACAUCAUCUGCAACCUACAACGAGAGCUCUUCACUGGACUCAGUUAUGAAUGGUCACUAUGGGUCAGAUCAUCAUGAAAAUACAAAUGGUGUGUGCCAUGAUGAGACAAAGUCCUCUAUAAACACAAAUACUGACUCUGAUAUUUAUGAUUUGAGAGGCGUGGACAUUUUUGAUGAAAAUGAUGUGUCUCAGGUAUCUGAUGUGUCUCAAGUCAGAGGAGAAACGGACAUAUCAGAUUCUCCCCUAUCUGACCUUUCGGAUACUAAUUCUGUUGAGUCUGAGCCAGAAACAUCACAAGUUUUGCACCCUGCAGAAUCGCAAGCUGAAUCAUUGCAUUACGCAGACUUGCAAGCUGAAUCACUGUAUCCUACAGACUCACAAGCUGAACCCUCAUAUCUUAUAAAUUCGCAGGCAGAGCACACAGGCCUCACAGAUUCACCAGCAGAACCUUUGCACCCUACUGACUGGACCUUUGAAACCGUGCAUGUUUAUGGAAACCUGCAUUUGUUAACAGAACAUGCAAAGAAAGCCAAAGUUGUAGAAUUUGGAAGUGCUCAGGCUGUCCUUGGUAUUCUAAAAGAUGUGACGGAACUUGAACAGAAUUAUGUUGGCACCAUGAGUAAUAAUUCUUGUUUGGAACAGGAUUUGAUUACUACUCUGAGUAAUGAGCAAGAAACUAUUCAAGAAGCAGGCAAAUUCAGUAAAAAAUGUGCAGAAAAUUCGUUUGAAAAACAAGAACUACAACUUCUCCGUGAAAGGAAAUGUGAGCUAUUUUCAUUGCCUCCUUCUGUUUGAAUUUCAUGGGUGGCUAACACUUUAUUUUCAGGCUUAGUAAUUCUUACACAACUAACUCAUUUUAAACUGAUUUUUAUAUAUUUUUCCAUGACGAAUUGAGUUUUCAGGCUAGUCUAUAAUAAUCUUUAUUUUACAAUACUCAUCAACUCCCUGUUUCAUAUACCAUUCUCUGAAACUGAAAUAUAUCUUGUCAUACAAUAUUUCAUGUUCAAUGUAAGCUAUUUCUAUUAUGUAUGUUUGUUUUUUUUUAAUGAAAACAUUUAAUUGUUCUGUGUUUCUUGCUGUUGAUUGAGUAAUUAGAUUAAUUUUUCACAGUACCGUAAAUAAUUUACCCUAGAUGGCUUUUUGGCUUUUUUUAUGAUAUUGGAGUUGGAUUGAAAUUUACAGAAAACUUUGAAUUCAAAUAAUUUAAGCAUUUAUCAAGCAACUAUGUUACUUGUGUUAUUUUUGACUGACAAAUAUUUUUGUAUAGGUUUAAUUUUUAUGCAUGUGAAUUUAACAAUUUGUAUGACUCAUGACCUACUAAAAUGUACUCUUUGAAAGUGAAAAGAAGUAUCUUUAUAAUUUUAUCACAACCUUUUUCAAUAAUAUUAUAUCUGUUGUAGUUAAAUAAGAAUAAUGACUAAAGCUUUUUAGAUUGUAUUUUAAAUGUUAAAUCUUUUGUUGAUUUUUAUUUCUUUUCAAAUUAAUAAAGGACACAUUGUCCUAAGUUAAAAUAACAAUCUCUACUAAUUUUGAUUUUCAUCAAUUUUUAUUUCAGUUUGUUUUAAUUUUAGGCCUAAGGAGUUAAUAUUAGUAGAAAUUAUGUAGCAAUUUCUUAAAGUCCUUUGCAGCCUGUUACAUAGUUUUCACUAACCAGAGUAUGCCUGAAUUUUUCUUAUACCAUCUUAUAUAGUAAAUGGCAAUGUUCCAACAUUUGUAGUUAAAUUCAAUGAAUUUUAAAACUUUAUGUAGCUGUUGUUAUCUGUGAUUUUUUUAUGUUCAUAUUAUGAAUUAAUACUUAAAAUUUCUUAAAGAUGAAGUAGUUAUGAAUGUAUUUUUUACUAUUUUUUUUUUCUCUCCUUCAAUAGACAUUGAUGACACAGUUGGCUCUGAUCCUCCAUCAUUUCAUGAAGACACAUUAGAGGUAAGUUGUAUGUCAAUCAGAAAUCUCUAUCAGUGAUCAGGUUAUCAAGUGCUAUAUAAAUAAAUUUUAAAAAAAAAUAAUAUAUAUAUUAUAUAUUUUAAAAAUAUAUAUAUUUUUUAAAUAUAUAUUUUAUCAAAAGAAAGAAAAAAAUGUAUUCGCUAUUAUUAUAUUUGUACCGGUAAUGGAAAUAAUAAUCCCAGAAAGUUCAAAAUUUAUUUACUAAAUUCAACAUUAAAAAGAAAAUGCAGUGUAAAUUAGUUUAAUUAGGCAUACCAAUACUUCUUUUACUCUCAUCAAGAGAGUCAUUCCCAAAAGUAUAGAAAAGGGCAUAAUGUAAAAUGCAUUGAAAUUAUAUUUUAUUUGGGUUCAUUAUGAUUAUCAGUUUAAAAUCAAACUUGUGCAACUGAUGUUUGCACAAAUGAUUGAAUAUUGAACUUUAGUUGCAAUAAAGACAAUUAAGAAGUUAGAAUGUUUAAACAUUUAAAAAACUACGCAUUAGAAGAUUGAAAGUUUCUGAAAUGGCAUUUUAAAAAAAAUCCUGUCAAAAGAAUAUUCUCUUUCAGUUUCUAAUAAAAAAAUUCUGGAAAUAACUUCAUUUAUUCAUAGAGAGUUAAUACUUGUACACUUGUAUCAAUUUAUUGUCUACAUUGUUCACACUGUGAAGUGACUAUUAGGUUCAUGGAAUUAUACUAUAAUUUUACUAGAAAUCAAGCUUAUCUUUAAUUUUAAUAUUUUUUUAACAUGUUUUUGUAUUUAAUAAAAGCAAGAUUAUGUCUAUUAUACCCUGUGAAAUGUUAAUUUCUUGUCAGACAAACCAACAGCAAACCUAUUGGGAAGAGAGCAAGGUGACAGAAGAGAAGGAAAUCAUAGGGGAGUCAAGUGAUGUGGUGGACUUUUACCAAAUGGAUCAUGGAGUGGAAAUUGAGGAUGAAAGUGACUCCAUACAGGAAGGGGCUCAGGAUGUCAAAGGUGAUGAUGAUGAUAAAGAGAUACAGAGAGCCAGUGAUGUUGAGGUGGGCGAGGCAGUUGAAAAUAAAGAUUCGAUUGAAAAAGAAGCUGACAUUUAAAAUGUUUUAUGUGUUCAAAAUGUAUGAGAUGUCAUCCUUAGAGGGGUAGACACUGAAGUGGCUGAGAGUGUCAAGGGAAAGUGAUGGUGAUGUCUUACUUGAAAGUGAAGUCACUGAAGAUAGUGACGGUGUUAAAGACCAAGGUGAGGCAUUGACUGCAGAUGUCCCUGAGUUUAGUAAUGGUGUGGUAUUAUUGGAGGGAAUUGUAAAAGAAAUUUAACUAGUUUGUUGCCUUUAAAAGUGUAUUUUUCUACCGGUAAAAGGUGUAUUUUUGUACCGGUAUCGCUUUGUAUAACAUAAAUAUUUAUGUAUAUGCUGCCUUUCUUGCAACCCACGUCAGUGGUGAUAUGUGGUUGCAUUUCUUAUUUUGUAUAAAGUUCAUAAUGCUUCAAUAUCAAAAGCAGAUCUGAAAUUAUGUUGAAAUUAUAUAUUUUUCUCUAUUUAUAGUUCCC